ACCCGACUACAAUGAAGAGCGAUUAGGAACUUGACAUUAAUGUGGUUUUCUCUUUUUGUCAUUGUGUAACUGCUAUGUGUUCUCUCUUUCAAGCGUGUAUGAUGUCGGUACAUUUCUAAUUAGUAGGCUAUUGGCAAAACAUUUUCUUCCACAUAUAUACAGUGGAAGAAAAUCUAAAAUUUUGGGAAAUUCGUUACUAAAUUUCUGGUGAAUUGUAUUCGAUCAAAAUGGUGGUAACUGUUGAUGUGAAAUUACCAGAAGACUCUGAACUAACAGUUCAGGAGGUCGAUUUAUCUGCAGCUACAUUGUUCGCUGGAUCUUUCCAUCUAGGCAAAUAUUGUGAACAUGCUAAUAAUGAAUUCAUGCUAUGUCGUAUGGAGGAGCAGGAUCCUCGCAAAUGUAUCAACGAAGGCAAGGUAGUGACUGCCUGUACCAUGGAUUUCUUCAGGAAAGUAAAGAAAGCUUGCUUAAGUGAGUUCAACCAAUACGCAAACUGUGUUGACAAAAGCUCCGGUGAUUUCAGCUUGACACAGUGCCGUAAAACUCAAGGUGUAUAUGACAAAUGUAUGCUGGAGAAACUUAAUAUAGAGAGACCAGCAUUUGGAUACUUUUGUGAGGCUCGUGUUCAUGAUACUAAGAGACCGAAGCCCCCGGUUGAACCGAAGGCGGUAUAUCCGGACGCGACGCCAGCGUUGCCCGAAGACAGGGAGAAGGUGCCCGCGCGCUUCGGAUCGCGUUUCUACUGGAUGACCGAGUAGACCAGGUAAGAACAUUUUUAUGCUCCCGAUCGUCCUGGGAUUCCUUGCCAGUUACGCGGGCCAGAUGUAAAAUGAUCUAUUUUUAAAAUCGAUUGCAAUUCCCUUCAGUGAAAUUUGAAAGAUAU